UCAGGUCUUAAGGGGAUUCCAGACCCUUGGUUCCCUGCGGCCUGCAAAAGCUACACUACUUUUCCGAAUUCUGGAGAGACAAGAGUCAGAAGAGACCUGCGCUGUGGAAAGACGCCCUGGCUUUGGGAACUUUGAGUGGCGAGGACUCACACUUCGGGGCACACCUGAGUCUGGGAAGGCCCGGCGAGCCCGCAGAGGUGGGACUUCCGGAAGGCAUGGUGGGCUUGAAAUCUAUCGGGGACAGAGCAGCACCAGCUACCUGCUUUGCCUUUGAGGCCUAAAUGGGAAGCCACUAGCAGCGGCGGGUUUACAGCGUCCCUGAUUCCGCAGCCUAGAAGUUGUCUAAGGCCUCUGGCUCUCCUGCCCCGCCCCCAGGCCUCUGACCCCUUCCUAGUCCCUCCCCUGUCCUCCAGAGACACCUUUGACCGGUGAUGUCAUUGGGUCUGUCCCAGUGCAGACCCAGUCCGAGGCUGGGGCCGGGUUCCUGGAGGCUGCCAUGUUCUCCCUGCCCUCCUUGUUCUCCUGGCUCCCCGGCCUCCCUUCGUUUGAGUGGGGUUCCAGUCUCUUCCACAGCCUCCUGCAAGGCCUGAUCGGGGCCCUGGGAGUCUCUGUUCUCAACAGCCUCUUGAAGGUUUACUUCUUCGUGGCCUGUGUCAAUGACCCCCAGCGGCAGCCCCAGAAGCAGCGGCUGCGGGCGCAGUGGGCCUCCUUGGAGGCCUUGCACCUGGCUGGCCUGGCCCUGUUCCUGACCGUGGUGGGGACUAGGGUAGCCGCCCUCGUGGUCCUGGAGUUCUCCCUUCGGGCUGUUUCCACAGUGCUGUCCCUGGGCAAGGGCUCCGGGGACAAGGAGCGACUCCAGCUCUACCUGGUAGGCCAGUUCUCGCUGGGCUGCGGGCUCAGCUGCGGCCUGAGCUUCCUGCAGGAAGGUGCCCCACGCCGCUCCCUGAACCUGCUGCUGAGCCUGGGGCUGGCCGCGCUGCUGGGCUGGGCUGCGUGGCGCCUCCGCCGACACAUCUGCAGCCUCUACGAGCUGCACAGCAGCCAGCGCUACUGUGGGGUCUGUUUGGGCCUGCUGGCCAACCAGCACAGCCUGCCCAGGCUCCUGGGCCGCACUCUGGCCGUGGCCUUUGCUGUGAGUGACCUGGCAGCCGUGGCCCUCAUCAACCAGGACUUCCUGAACACGUCAGAGGCUGUGCGCUUCUGGAUGCCGCUCACCAUCUGCUACACACUGCUGGUCAUCUACAUGCAGGAGGAGCAGCGGCAACAUCGCUUCAGCCUGCAGGGCCAGGUCCAGACGGUGCUGGUGCGCAUGGGCGGCCUCUUCAUCUUGUUGAUGACUUUGGGCCGCUGGCUGGAUCUCCUGGGUAUCUUUUUCUCCUUUCUGGGCGAGCUAUGCUGCUUGGCAGGCACUCGCACCCUAAUCGACCUCUGCCAGAUACAGGGCUUUCCAUCCCAGAGGCCUACAGUAACAGCAGCAGUAACACCAGGAAAGGGAUCAACAGUGACAGAUCCAUGCGACGCCCGGCCUUCCACACCUGCCCGGUCCAGAAGUGCUGUCGGCUCCUGACCUGCCCCCACAAAGGACUUGAAGUCAGUCUCAGGCCUACACAGGCUGACCAAAAAGGCCUCUACCACAAAACGUGGCAGACCUGGUCCCCACCUAGUGUUCAAGGCAGGCCAUGGGGCCCCUGGAGAAAGGGGAUGGCUAGGGCUGGGGACCUAGGAAGGUAGGGACAUGAAGGCCCCUGAGUAAAAUCCCUUUUUCUUGAAGAUGGGCAGCUUCAUCAGGCCGGCCUUUCCCGGCCAGGCAAGGAGGGCAGAGGACAACUGUGACCUCAGAAUGGUCCCCUGCCCCUCCCCCACCUUGCUCUCUCCACAAACAAUAAAAGAUGACUUUUUUUUUUCCAA